UCACCACACACUCCCAAGUCCCAACAACACCUACUUCUCACACAUCCAUGCUUCUGCCUCUCCAAUCCAUCCUCUGCUACUUUCUCCAACAUUUCCAUGUCUCCACUCCACACCCAUCUCGGGUUCUUCCUCCUCCUCCUCCUCUUCUCCUUGCACAAUCCAUCAUGCUCCGCCGCGGCGAAUGAUACCCUCGCGGUGGGGCAGGUGCUCGCCGUCGGGGAGAAGCUCGUCUCGAGGAACGGCAAGUUCGCGCUCGGCUUCUACAAGCCGGCACUCCCUGAAGGCAUUGCAAGUAAGUAUGGCAACAUCACCUCUCCUGGAUGGUACCUUGCCAUAUGGUUCAACAAGAUCCCGGUUUGUACCACCGUGUGGGUUGCUAAUAGGGAGAGGCCAAUCACUGAUCUAGAGAUCAAGCUAACACAGCUGAAAUUCUCACAAAAUGGCAGUAGCCUUGCCAUCAUCAUAAACCGUGCUACUGAAUACACAGUAUGGUCCAGACAAAUUGCCAAUAGGACAGCACAAGCUAAAACCAGCAUGAACACUAGUGCAAUUCUCUUGGACAGUGGAAAUCUUGUCAUAGAAAGCAUCCCUGAUGUUUAUCUGUGGCAGAGCUUUGAUGAACCGACGGAUCUUGCGCUUCCUGGCGCAAAGUUUGGGUGGAAUAAGGUCACCAGGUUGCAUCGUACUGGUAUAUCAAAGAAAAACCUUAUUGAUCCGGGUCUCGGCCCAUAUUCCGUUCAACUGAACGAGAGGGGCAUUAUCCUGUGGCGUCGAGAUCCUUACAUGGAGUAUUGGACCUGGUCAUCUGUCCAAUUGACAAAUAUGCUCAUACCAUUACUCAAUUCGCUACUAGAAAUGAAUGCACAGACCAAAGGUUUCCUUACCCCAAAUUAUACUAACAACAACGAAGAGGAAUACUUCAUGUACCAUUCAUCAGAUGAAUCCUCUUCCUCAUUUGUCUCAAUAGACAUGUCUGGCCAGCUCAAGUUGAGCAUUUGGUCACAAGCUAAUCAGUCUUGGCAAGAAGUAUAUGCACAGCCUCCUGAUCCAUGCACUCCAUUUGCAACCUGCGGACCUUUUAGCGUAUGCAAUGGCAAUUCAGAUUUAUUUUGUGAUUGUAUGGAGAGCUUCUCUCAGAAGUCACCUCAAGAUUGGGAGCUCAAGGAUCGAACCGCAGGUUGCUUCAGAAAUACGCCAUUAGAUUGCCCUAGUAACAAGAGCUCGACAGACAUGUUCCACACAAUAACUCGGGUCGCAUUGCCAGCUAACCCCGAAAAAAUAGAAGAUGCUACCACUCAAAGCAAAUGUGCCGAAUCUUGUCUCAGUAACUGCUCCUGCAAUGCUUAUGCCUACAAAGAUAGCACAUGCUUUGUCUGGCAUAGUGAACUCCUUAAUGUAAAGCUACAUGACAGCAUUGAAAGUCUUUCUGAAGAUACUCUUUACCUUCGCCUAGCUGCCAAAGAUAUGCCAGCUACGACCAAAAACAAACAAAAACCAGUUGUUGUGGCUGUUACCGCUGCAAGCAUUGCCGGUUUUGGGUUACUAAUGCUCAUGCUAUUCUUCUUGAUUUGGCGGAACAAAUUCAAGUGUUGUGGUGUAACAUUACACCACAACCAAGGCAACAGUGGAAUAAUAGCCUUCAGAUACACUGAUUUAAGUCAUGCUACCAAAAAUUUCUCAGAAAAGUUGGGGUCAGGUGGUUUUGGUUCUGUGUUCAAGGGAGUAUUAAGAGACUCAACUACUAUUGCGGUGAAAAGGCUCGAUGGUUCACAUCAGGGAGAAAAGCAAUUCAGGGCUGAGGUGAGUUCACUUGGAUUGAUUCAACAUAUAAAUCUUGUCAAAUUGAUUGGUUUCUGCUGUGAAGGUGAUAAGAGGUUACUUGUGUAUGAACACAUGGUAAAUGGUUCUCUUGAUGCCCACCUUUUUCAUAGCAAUGGUGCUGUCCUAGACUGGAACACUAGGCAUCAAAUAGCCAUAGGAGUUGCUAGAGGAUUGUCCUACUUGCAUGAGAGUUGCCGUGAAUGCAUCAUACACUGCGAUAUUAAGCCAGAAAAUAUACUUCUUGAAGCAUCAUUUGCUCCUAAAAUUGCAGACUUUGGGAUGGCGGCAUUUGUGGGAAGGGAUUUUAGUCGGGUUCUAACUACUUUCAGGGGAACUAAAGGGUAUCUUGCCCCAGAGUGGCUUAGCGGAGUCGCUAUUACUCCAAAAGUUGAUGUUUACAGUUUUGGUAUGGUACUGCUAGAAAUCAUAUCAGGAAGAAGGAAUUUAUCUGAAGCAUACACAAGCAACCAUUAUCAUUUUGAUUAUUUUCCCGUGCAAGCCAUCAGCAAACUUCAUGAGGGAAGUGUGCAGAAUUUGCUUGAUCCAGAAUUACAUGGUGAUUUCAAUUUGGAAGAGGCUGAAAGAGUUUGUAAAGUUGCAUGUUGGUGCAUUCAAGAAGAUGAAAUUGAUAGGCCAACAAUGGGUGAAGUGGUUCGCUUUCUUGAGGGUCUACAGGAGGUUGACAUGCCCCCCAUGCCAAGACUACUUGCAGCCAUAACCGAAAGGUCUCAUAUAUAGUUUCAGUGUUGUAAUAUUUCAUAAAUACUUUGUAUUCAAUGUAAUCAGUCUUUUGUUUGAGCAAAUUGAAAGUUCCAAUGUAAUAAUCUGGCAAUUGCUUAGUUUUACUGUGUGGUGCUGGUGAGUAA